UUUCUGAAAACCUGUUUUUCUUUGUCAUUAUGGGGUAUUGUGUGUAGAUUAAUGAGGGAAAAAACAAUUUUAUAAAUUUUUGAAUAAUGCUGUAACAUAACAAAAUGUGGAAAAAUCAAGGGGUAUUAAUACAUUCCGAAUUUACUGUAUAAAUUGUAGACUAUGUGAGUAGAUUGUCAUCUCAUCGACAUACAUUCCCAUGAUCUCAAAAUGUCUUUAAUUGCAAGCUGGGACACAAAAAUGUACCCUGGGAAGAGUAGCUCAGAGAUGUCCGCAUAACAAAUACCUUAGUCAAUGUUGUAAUGAAACUUCGCAAAUGUCACCCACCAUGCCAGUCUAGUGACAUUGUCACCGAGUCAACGUUGUGAUAUCUUGUCCUUCAGGUUUAUGGGUUGUUUAAAGACUAAACUGUUAUCUUACAUUACGCAGGUAGAUAUUUGCCAAGAUUGCUGGAGGAACAAAUGUUUUCUAAUGUUACCAGUCUUGGGCUACUUUCUUUGCCUCAGGCCACAUGACAAGAUAGAACCAAACUCUAAUUGUGUUUCUCUCCUCUUCAUACCAGUCUAGGGAGAGUAAUUGAUAAAAUAUUCACAAGUUAACAGAUUGUGAAAAUGGAUUUGCUUUAUUAUCUUUUGGUUAAAAGGUGAAUGGUGAAUGAUGAAAUCUGACAACUUAACUCGGGCAUCUCAAUCUUUGAUUUUCCCACUUCUGAUUUCUUCUCCUGGAAGGGUCUUGUUCUCCUGGAAGGGUCAUUCAAGUGGUUAUGUCCUAGUCUGAAGCUCGUAUUUCCCACUUGGAAGCAUUAAGCUGUGAGGGGUGUGUUCAUGAUAAUGAUGCUCGCUGAUUGUUAUAAAAGCCUCAAGUAAAGCAAUAUCCAAAGUGAGGAGAAGAAAUCAAAACUAUCAAAGUCAAAGUCAUGGCAUAAUCAACUUGCCCAGACUUAAUAAAGUACAGAAGUGACCAGAAGAGAGGAAAAUGGCUUCCAUUUCCAUGACCGAGAGGGACACAAGCGGUAGCACUGGAUCAAAUGUAGACCCUUUGCUAACUACACACGAGUUGAUUGAAAUUCAUCCAGUGGACAAUAUCAAAGUUGACCUGAAUGAGGAGGGAACAGUUAGAAGAUGCACAGUAGGCACAAAAAAUGUGAAGCCAAAUAAAACAGUGUUACUCAUGGGAGCGACUGGAGUGGGAAAAUCAACUCUCAUCAACUAUAUUGCCAACUACAUCUUCGGGGUCAAUUUCGAGGACAACAAAAGAUUCCAAUUAAUCCCAGAUGAAAAAAAGUGUCAAACUGUAUCUCAAACUACUGCCAUCACCGUGUAUGAAAUCUUUGGCCAUGAAGGAGACCGUGUUCCUUUUUCAGUUACAAUCAUCGACACUCCAGGAUUUGGAGACACAAAUGGGAUUGAACAAGAUCAACUCAUUACUAAAAACCUUCAAGAAUUGUUUGAGUCCAAAAAUGGAGUGCACCAAAUUGAUGCCGUGUGUUUUGUUGUUAGAGAGGAUGAGGUUCGUCUCACCCUCACCCAACGCUACAUCUUUGAGUCCAUCCUUUCCAUAUUUGGAAAAGACAUUGAAAAAAACAUCCUGGCACUCGUCACAUUUGCAAGGAGAGGCAAUCAUCCUCCCCCUGCUCUUAAAGCCAUAAUGGAAGCUGGGAUUCCAUGUUCAAAAGAGAAACUGAAAUUCAACAUUACAUCUUUCACAAACAGAUCAGCUGAUCCAGAAAUAAUAACAAAUAAUAAAAGAAAUUGGUCAAUGGGAGAGAAAAGCAUGACAAAGUUCAUCAACCUACUAACAACACUGGAAACAAGAAGCUUGCAGCUGACCCAAGAAGUGCUAGCGGAACGCAGACAUCUUGAGGCUUGUAUUGAUGGGAUAGAAGAUCAGCUAAAGAUAACCCUUGACAAACAGAUCGAACUUAAAGAAAUUCAGAACGUCUUGAAAGGAAACAAGGAAAUGAUAGAUGCUCAAAAAGAUUUUGAAUUUGUGGUCAUCACUAACACAUUUGUAAGAAUUGAAUCUGAAAAGAUGGCAACCAACUGCAACAACUGUGGAAUGACUUGUCAUCUAAGGUGUCCAUUAGCCCCACAGAAGCUGUUAUUUCUUUGUGAAGCCAUGAGAAACCGGCAGUGUAAAAUUUGCCCCGGAAAAUGUUCCUGGAAAGAUCAUGUCAAAGAAAAGGUGGUAUACCAGAGGGCCCCCAAAGUAGUGAAGAAAACAUACAAUAAUAUACAAUUUGAGUAUGGACAGGGAGUAGGUGGAACAAUCACAUCAGAGGAUAUGGAGGAGAAGAUUCAGUCUGAGAUACAAGAAUCAGAAGACAAAGGAAACAAACUGCUCGAGACUUCAUACAAAUGUGUGGCAAGACUAGAGGAGAUUGCACUAAGGCCCAAUCCAUUGACAGCAGAGGAAUACAUUGAUCUUCUGAUUCAUAGAGAAACCGAAAAUAUCAACAGGGUAAAGAAACUUCAGGAAAUGAAGGCGAAAGCUCUGCUGAUAUCUUCAAUGACCAAGGAAAAAAUUGAACAAGGCACUGGAUGGGUUCUUAAAAAAAUGAAAGGAUUGACAUUGCAUGAUUAGCUAUACAAACCAGUAAGAUUGUGUAAGGAUUGAUAGAAUCAGCUGGCCCAGCACAUUGUCUGUUAUCAGACAAUCAUGAUAGAGAACCGAUUCAAAAGUAUCUGUAGUCAUCAAAAAGCGUUUGACAGAAGAGGUCCUCAAACAAAAGCUGACAAAGACACUGAGUGCACAAAACAUUAGGAACAUCUGCUCUUUACAUGACAUAACCUGACCAGGUGAAUCCAGCUGUGAUCCCUUAUUGAUGUCACUUGUUAAACCCACUUCAAUCAGUGUCGAUGAACGGGAGGAGACAGGUUAAAGAAGGAUUUU